AUGUUCAGGUUACACAAACACAAGUCAGAUAAAUUUGGAGACAGACUUAACUUCAAGUUCUCUAGCUUCCAGGCUCUUCAGGUACCGAAAGGAUGGGACAAGCUAUUUGUGUAUAUAAUUUCAGUAGAAACUGGAAAAACCCUUUCGAAAUCGGGGAAAGGGUCGGUAAGGAACGGAAGUUGCCGGUGGACGGAGAGUUUGACGGAGUCUAUUUCGGUUUCGGAAUCUAAUGCAUCGGAGGAGAUUGAUGAAUGUCUCUUCAAGUUUGUUGUUUCCAUGGGAUCAUCGAGAUCUGGCAUCCUGGGAGAGGCUACGGUUAAUUUGGCGAGUUAUAGGAAUGCUGAAACUGCUGUUCCUGUUUCGUUGCCGUUGAAAAAGUGUAACUAUGGAACCAUUUUACUAGUUAGAAUUCAGUGCCUGACACCAAGAGCAAAACCCAGGGACGAACAGUUUGAAGAGACAGGUUCAUAUGCAGAGGAUGUGAUUGCUGUUGACUACAAUGACAUGGAAAACAAAUCAGAUGUUUCUGAUAGUUCAUUCACCAGGAGUGUUGGAUCCUCAUCAAGUAGUCAUUUGGAAAAUACAUCUCGUACAGGAGAACAUAGUAGGGAAUUGAGUUUCUCAGCAUCAGGUUCACGCUAUAGCUUUGACUCAAUGGAAGGUUCAUUAGAUUAUUCCCUGCAAAAUAACUUAACUGGCACCAUGAGCAAUCAUAUUGGGAGACAAGAUUCAUCUGGCUCCCAGAACAGUUCUUAUGGAUCUUAUUCCUUUAAUGAUUCUUCUAGAUCAAAUCAUUUACCCUUUAAUUCAACUUCACGUAGCCAUCUUCAGAAUCAAAGGGAAAGUCUUAAUCAGGUUUCAAGAACUGUUGCCUCGUCACCAUUACGGAAUGCUGAUUCAUCUAAAGACCUUCUGGAAGCUGCAGAAGUCACAAUUGAGGAGCUUCGGGCAGAGGCAAGGAUGUGGGAACAAAAUGCUCGUAGAGUAAUGACUGAUCUGGAAAAACUGCAGAAGGAUUUAUCAGACCAGUCAAAGCGCCGGGCAAGUCUUGAAAUGGAGCUUUCAGAAUCGCACAGAGAAUGUGAUGGCUUGAAGCAGGAGAUUGAACAGCUGAGGAUCUUGUUGGAGGAAUCAAUAGCGAAGCAAACAACCACUGAGAAGUUGAAGUUUCAGGCCAAAGAAAUGGAUAAUUUUCAGAAAGAAUUAGAAGACGAAUUGAAGUUUCAGAAAGAGACGAAUGCUAACUUGGCUUUGCAGCUAAAGAAAACCCAAGAGUCAAACAUUGAGCUUGUUUCCAUACUUCAGGAACUGGAAGAUACCAUAGAAAAACAGAAAAUAGAAAUUUCAGAUCUGUCAAAGAUUCAAUCCAAAAGUCAGAAAGCAGGAAAGUAUAACCAUGAAGUCAAAGACAGCAAGGAGACAGAACCAAGCAAGAAUUUUUUUGCAGAGGAUACAAGAGAGGCCUUUUGUGAUUCAGAGAUGGAAGACAGUACCGUUGAACAUGAGUUAGGAUAUUUACCCGUAUGUUCUAAACCAGAGGGCAACAGGAAGCUCGAGUUGGAGUUACAGCAGUUGCAAGAUUCACAAAAGAAGCUAGAGAGUACUAUCCAUUUUCUGGAAAGAUCUCUGGAGGACAAAAUCCAUGCAAUAGAUGAUGAGCGAAGUUUGAAAACUCAGACUCUAAUGGAUUGUGAAGCAGAAUGGAGAGACAAAUUAGCCAUAAAAGAGGAAAAGAUCACCGAUUUGGAAGCAAAGUUAUUUGAAGCUCUCAGCCCUUGUGGUUUUCAAAAUGGAGGCGAUCGCGAUCUGAUUAAAGACAUUGAAGUUCUGAGACAGAGGAUGGAGGAACUUGAAAGAGAUUGCAGUGAGCUUACAGAAGAAAAUCUAAAACUUCUACUUAAGCUCAAAGAAUCAGAAAAGUAUCCUCCAACAUGUGGUGCGUCUACUAACUCUUCAUCAAAUGAAUGUUUGGGGAAUCAUUCUUUCUUCAACUCCGAAUCUGAAGUUAGAAAAUUGAGAUCCCAAAUAUGCAAGCUUGAAGAGGAGCCGAUCAAGAAGGAAAUAAUUAAUCAAGAACUCUCCACUGAUCAUUUGCAGAUUCAGUGUGCAGAUCUUGUAAAAAUGUGUGCUGACCUGGAGCUUCAGCUGCAAGCUUCUAAGGACAAAAUACUCUACCUUGAUUCUGAACUUUGUAAACAUCAUGCAAGAGCAGAGCUACAGGAAAUUGAGAUUGCUACACUACAAGAACGGUUAGAACAUUAUGAAGAAAUGGAAACUGGGGCCAAUGACCAUCCUGCAGACAUCUGUACAGACGUCAAACUUUCCGAUUCACAUGCUACUGCUGAAAUGGCCAAAACAUUAUCUGAGUUGCAGGAACACAUUCGAUCAUGUCUAGCCAAUGUAAAGAAGCAACAGUAUGAUCUUUGUUUGCCAGCAAAUGGUGAAUCUAGUUCUGCUUUUGAUAAACCUGUGAUUUCAAACUUUACAGAUUUGUUUAAUCAAAAUGAGCAAGCAAAGGCUAUUUUGAACAGUUUUGUCCAGCUAAAAGAUCUGUUUGAAGCAAAAUCUGCUUUGUCUAAAAGUGAAGUUCAGCAAAGUGAAAAAGUAAGAGCGGAAGUAGCGAAUCCUGAUGAGCUCUGGAACAAUUUGGAGGCUUAUAACAUAGGGGAGAAUAGUUUCAGCACUUCUGGUCCACGACCUGAGAGCCUGCGAAUGGAAUCUAAACCUGAAAUGACAGAUUUAGAAAAGGAGCUUUUAGAAAAGACAUCUGACAUGGAUAAGCUUAAUUCUCUGAAGGAACAAGAGAUAGAUGCUCUAAGGCGAAUCCAAAUGGAGCUAGAAACUCAGAUUUGUAAUCUUCAGAAUGAGAAACAGCAGUUGGAGCAAAAUCUGGAAGUUACGGUAAGAGAAAGCAUGGUGACCUCAAAAUGCUUGGAUGAUUUACGAAAUGAAAUGACAGUGCUUAGUAGUAACACGGAUUUGCAGGCUUCAGCCAAGGAGAUCUCGGAGAGGAGGUUGGCAGAGCUAGAAAGUGGCAAAUUGGAACUGGAAGUUCACUUGUCUGAACUAGAAAAAGAAAACAUACAAUUAUCAGAGCGAAUAUGUGGCUUGGAAGCACAGUUAAGAUAUUUGACCAACGAUAGGGAACUGAACCUCGUGGAAUUGCAUAAUUCAGAAUCUUGUAAUAUGAGUCUCCGGGAAGAGAUGAGAAGAUUGGAAGGUGAAUUGGAGGCACAAAAGGUUGAUACGAAGCAAAAGCUGCAGGACAUGCAAAAGCGGUGGUUAGAAGCUCAAGAAGAGUGUGAGUAUCUGAAAGUGGCGAAUCCAAAAUUACAAACUACAGCUGAAAGUCUUAUUGAAGAAUGCAGUUUGCUUCAGAAAUCAAAUGCAGAGCUGAGGAAGCAAAAGAUGGAGUUACAUGAGCAUUGCACAGUCUUGGAAGCUGAGUUAAGGGAUUCUGAAAAGGUUUUUUCUGAUAUGUCUAAGGAAGUAGAAGCUCUUGAAGGGAAAUAUAUUUUGCUGCAAGAAGAAAUUGCCUCGAAAGAGCAAGCCCUUAGUAUAGAACUAGAUUCGCUUCUUCAAGACAACAAGAAAUAUAAAGAGAAACUUGCUAUGGAAGAGAGCCUUCUGAAUCAGACACACUUAGAGAAGACGGUUGAAGUUGGGAAUCUUCAAAGAGAGAUUGCACAUCUGACUGAACAGAUUUCGGCAACUCAUGAUGAAAAGGAAAGGACAGCUUCAGGAGCUGUGAUUGAAGUGUCUCAUUUGCGUUCAGAUAAAGCUAUGCUGGAAGCUUCUCUGCAAGAAGUGCAAGGAAAACUUGAAUUAUCUGAGAGCAACCUCAGUACCCUCCAGAUGGAAUCAGAGAUUAGAGUGCUUGGACUUAUGCAUGAACUUGCUGCUUCCAAACAAAACCAGGAAGUUCUGAUGGCUGAUCAUGAAAGGCUACUUGAAUUGUUAGAAGACGUGAAAUCCAAUGAAGAGAAACAUAAAAGCAUUGUUAAGGGGCUGGAAUUAAAACUUAAAGCUUCUGAAUAUGAAAGGCAACAAGUUACAGAAGAAACUUCCAGCCUUAAGAUCCAAUUGCAGAAGACAUCACUGCUGCAAGAUGAGAUUCUGGGUCUUAAAAGAUCACUUAAUGAGGUCAAAUUUGAAAAUCAAAAGCUUGAAGCUUCAUUGCAGAUGUUAUCAGGGGAUUAUGAGGAACUGAAGGCUGAGAAGAUCCUGUCUAUGCAGAAGAUUCCUGACAUGCAGAGAGCUGUUGCUGAAUUAGAAGACUGCAAACGUAGUAAAGUUGCCCUUGAGGAGAAGCUUUUGAGACUGGAAGGGGAUUUAACUGCAAGAGAAGCAAUAGGAGCCCAGGACGCUGAGCUGAAAAAUGAGCUUUCCCGGGUGAAGAGAGCAAAUAGUGAAUUCCAGAGGAAGAUAAGAUACCUUGAAGAGGAGAAGCAAGAGGGCCUGAAGAGAACUCAAGCACUUGAAAAGGAGCUAAAACAGAGGAAAGCAGCAAAUCAGGAUCAACAUCAAUCCAAUAAUGCAAGCCUUCCAUCUAGUCCUGAAUCCAGUGACAUGAAUACUUCUACUUCUGAUGAAUUGAAUCCCUCACAGGCUGGUACAAAAUCAAAUUUUAAUUCUGGAAAUAUUCCAGUUAUAGGAGCCAAUACUUUGUCAAAGAUCCAACAACUCGAGAAUGAACUAGCUGAGGCUUUGGAGGCAAAUGAUAUGUAUAAAGCCCAGCUCAAGAGUUUGUUAACUGAGGGACAAAAGGAUGUUCCCAAGAAGUUGAUGGAUGAAGAUGAAUUAGUAAAAGGAGAUAAAUAUGAGGGCAAGAUAUCGUCACUUCAGACUGAGUUGAAAGAUUUACAGGAGCGCUACUUCGACAUUAGCCUUAAAUACGCAGAAGUUGAAGCCGAACGCCAGAAACUUGUAUUGAAGCUCAAGACCGUCAAUACUGGAAGACGGUGGUUUUCAUGA